AUGACGAAAUUUGUUGGCUGCAUCGACUUACAUAAUGGACAAGUGAAACAAAUCGUUGGAGCUACUCUCACGCAGAAGGAGUCAGAUGUGCCAGUCACCAAUUUCGUCUCUAAUAAACCAUCUUCAUAUUUCUCAAGACUAUACAAGGAUAAUAAUAUUGAGGGUUGCCAUGUAAUUAAAUUGGGUCCAAAUAAUGAUACUGCUGCGUUAGAGGCUUUGAAACAGUCGCCUAACUUUUUACAAGUAGGAGGUGGAAUUAAUGAUUCAAAUUGUUUAGAAUGGUUACAGUAUGCAAGCAAAGUGAUUGUCACCAGCUGGCUUUUUGACGACAAUGGUAAGUUUCUAAUGGGGAGAUUACAAGAACUGUCCAGUAAAUGCGGUGCCGAUAGGAUCGUAGUCGAUCUGAGUUGUAGAAGAACUAGUGAUACAAAAUGGAUUGUUGCAAUGAACAAAUGGCAAAAAUUAACGGAUUUAGAAUUGAACGAGGAAACAUUUAUAGAAUUGAGUCAAUAUACUGACGAGUUUCUGAUACAUGCAGCAGAUGUAGAAGGCCUAUCUAAUGGAAUUGAUGAGGCUUUGGUGGAAAAAUUAUACCAAUGGACUAAGAACAUUGCAAAACCUCUAAAGAUUGUAUAUGCAGGUGGAGCAAAAUCCGUUACCGAUCUUGAUCUUGUUAAUAGGCUCAGUAAAGGUAAAGUUGACUUAACUUACGGUAGUUCACUAGAUCUAUUUGGUGGUAAUCUAGUUAAAUUUGAUGAUUGUUGUGCAUGGAAUAAUUCACAUAAAUAG